AUGUCCAUGUCGCCAAACACGUCGCCGUCCUUUGACACGCCAGGAAAUUCUUUUCCUGACCUGGAGACCAACCUGACCUCCUUCAACGCCCCCUUCGAUCCUGGUCAUCUCAUAUCUCCCCAGAUGCACAAUGCUCCCUUCCACUUCUCUAUCCCCGAACUUGGCGAUGGUCAGUCGCCAUCUUCCGCCCAUUUCCACCAUCGCAUGAGCAUCGGAAGCUCAGUCCCAGACGACCAGAAAGACAAGAACGACCCAACACCAGCAUGGGCAGAGCUCAAGACGAAAGCGGGAAAGGAGCGCAAGCGACUUCCCUUGGCCUGCAUCGCUUGCAGACGCAAGAAGAUUCGUUGUUCAGGCGAGAAGCCCGCUUGCAAGCAUUGCCUGCGUUCUCGCAUACCUUGCGUAUACAAGGUCACCACCAGGAAGGCUGCUCCAAGGACAGAUUACAUGGCCAUGUUGGACAAACGUCUGAAGAGAAUGGAAGAGCGUGUCAUCAAAAUAGUGCCGAAGGAGGACCAAGGCCGGAUAGGAACCAUCGGUAGAGCCGUCGUCAAGCCUGCUAUCCCGGGAUUGCCCUCGAAAAACGAGAAAAAGAGAGCUGCCGAUACAGCUUUUGGCAACGAUAUCAAUAAUUGGUCAAGAUCAAAGUCUGGUGGCAGCGCAGAAGCUCGGUUGAGGAUAGGUCCUCAAGAACAAGAUGAACGUCAACUGCUACAAGAUGGAGCCGACCAAUUGCCUUCCCACGAGUUGCAGAUUCAUCUGGCCGAAGUGUAUUUCGAUUAUGUUUACGGUCAGAGCUAUCAUCUACUGCAUAAACCAAGCUUCAUGCGAAAACUUGAAGUCGGACAGGUGCCGCCGGUGCUCAUCUUGGCCGUAUGUGCCAUCUCUGCUCGCUUCUCAUCACACCCUGACGUCAAGACGGAACCUGCUUUCCUACGAGGCGAGAACUGGGCCAGUGCAGCGAGGGAGAUUGCUCUGAAGAGAUACGAUUCGCCAAACAUUACAAUCCUCAUAGUCUACCUCUUACUUGGAUUGCACGAAUUUGGAACCUGUCAAGGUGGUCGAAGUUGGAUGCUUGGUGGUAUGGCCCAACGCAUGGCAUACGCCUUGCAGUUGCAUAAAGAUUUGAAUCACGACACUUCGUCACGCGCUACAGGGAGCAGUGCAGAGCUCACAUUCACUGAUCGGGAGAUCAGGAGGCGUACGAUGUGGGCUUGUUUCAUGUACAUCCAGGCUCAACUGCCCGUCAAGGAACACUUUUUCCAAUUCGAGAUUCCGGGCACAACGGAAGUACUCGAAGGACCGAACUCUGACAGUGCUGAGAACGCUGGACCACACGCGCUUUCAGCCACCGAGAAUAUGGGCGUGGCUGCAUACAUAAUCCGACUGGUAGCUAUCUGGGGUCGCGUGAUCCGCUAUAUGAAUCUAGGAGGAAGAGAGAGAGACAAGGAGCCAAUGUGGUCUACUCAAUCAGAGUUCCAUGCCAUAAAAGAAGCUGUUCGCGAAUGGCAAACUGGACUCCCAAGAUGGCUCGAAUGGUCGCAUGAGAAUCUCGAGACCCAUGCAAGCGAGAAGAUUGCCAAUCAGUUCAUCUUCAUGCAUUUGAUAUGCAACCAGAUUAUUUGCUUCACAAAUCGCUUCGCAUUACCGUCACCAGGGUCGAAGUCGGCAAGCGUCAGGGACACUCCUCAGGCGUUCAUCACCGAGAGCGGAAGGGCGGCUUUGGAUGCAGCUAACCAGAUUUCAGUCUUGAUCAACGAAGCUAUGGAUCAUAGGGUGAUUGCACCGUUUGCUGGGUACUGUGCGUUCUUCUCCAGUACAGUACACAUAUAUGGCGUCUUUUCGAAGAAUCCAGCACUCGAAGCGUCAUCUAAACAGAACUUGGCGACGAACAUCAAAUACCUGACGAGGAUGAAGAAACACUGGGGAAUGUUUCACUUUGUCACAGAAAAUCUUAAGGAUCUAUACCGAAAACAUGCAGACGCUGCCUUCAGAGGCGCGCAAGCUGGCAACACUCAGAAGCCACAGGAGACGAUCUUCCAAUAUGGUGAUUGGUUCGACCGAUAUCCUCAUGGCGUCAGUGGUACAGACUAUGAGGAGCCCGUCACGGACGUCAAGAAAGAGCCAGGCUCUGAUGCGGUAUUGGGUCAGAAGAACGAUCUCCAAACUGUGACGGCGGCAGGAACGUCUGGAUCAGCUGCGCCUGACCCAUCAGGCUUCCCAAAUCAGCAGCAAAACCAAGCACAGCCACAAGCGCAAAGACAACAACAUCCAGCAGCCACGGUCUCUCAGAUGACAGCCGGGUCUUUGAACACCAACUUUGGCGUCUUGAGUCCUCAAAACAACACCAGUUUCCCUGACCAGCUGGUCAUGAUGCAACAGCAGCAACAGCAGCAACAGCAACGGCAGCAACCAGAUCAACAGCAUCAACAGUACAGCAACAUGCUCGGUAUCGAUGCUAACAUGUCACAUUACCAAUCCCUCGAUCCGUCAUCCAACACCGCCAACCCCUUCUCCAUCGACCUCAACGCCUUUGACUUUGGAAUGAACAGCAACAAUAACGCGUGGCACGAUCAAAGCUCUGCGUGGUUCAUGCCCUUCAAUGUGGAUCCACCUUCAGUGGGCGCUGGCGGACUCGGUGAUGACGCAGGCGGUUUGUUCGCCGCAGACUCUGUCGGAGGAUUCGAUGUCAACUCCCUGUUUCCAGACUUUGGAGGCGCACACCCUGGGUUGUUGAUGCCAGAGCAUGGGUUCGAGGAUGAUGGGAACAACAAUAGCGAGAACAAGUAA